AUGCCUAUGCCCAUCCCCAUUCCCAUGCCCAUUCCAACACCCCCACCCAUCGGAUUCGCAGGCCUCGGCUCCAUAAGCAUCAGCCCCUGGCGCUCGAUCGCAUCGUCAUCGCACCGGGAGCGCUCCUCGCUGAGCGCGAGAUCGAUCUUCGAGGGCCGCCGGCGGAGGAAGAGCGGUAGGGGCCGGGGGUUGCUGGAGGUGGGGGUGGGGAGGAGGUGGAAGCGGCGGGUGCUGAAGGGGGAGGGUGUUGCUGUUGCUGUUGUUGCUGUGGAGGAGGAUGAGGAGGGGGAGGUUGUUGUCGUUGUCGUUGUCGUUGUUGUUCUUGUUGAAGUUGUAGUUGUGGUUGUAGGGGUUGGAGAUCUGACAAUGGUGGUCUGUGGUCUGUGA